ACCAAUGCGCACACAUUAACACACACGCUCAUCUGUGCGUCCUCUCCAACACUGUCAAAGCUCACCUGAGCUGUACAGCCCUGCCUGUAUCUGCCUGUCUCUCUACCCGGUGUCCGCCAUCUUGCCUCUCCCUGCCAGAAGCCGAGUGCGGAAGUGGAAACGGCACUGUGCGGGCUUGGGGUUCCGCCUGUGGACGCCUCGCCAGAUUCCUCCAGCCGAAACAAACUGCUAUCCUUCACAUUUUAAACCCUUCCUCAGCAGCUGAGACCCGGGAAGAGAUGGCUGGACGGUUACCGGCGUGUGUUGUCGACUGCGGCACGGGUUACACCAAAUUGGGGUAUGCAGGGAACACAGAGCCGCAAUUCAUCGUUCCAUCAUGUAUCGCCAUCAAGGAAUCAGCCAAGGUCGGAGACCAGGCCCAGAGGAGGAUGAUGAAGGGGGUGGAUGACUUGGAUUUCUACAUUGGAGAUGAAGCAGUAGACAAGCCCACAUAUUCCACUAAGUGGCCGAUCCGUCAUGGGAUUGUGGAGGAUUGGGACCUAAUGGAGCGCUUCAUGGAGCAGAUCAUCUUCAAGUACCUGAGGGCUGAACCUGAGGAUCACUACUUCCUCUUGACCGAACCCCCUCUGAAUACACCAGAGAACCGAGAGUACACAGCCGAGAUCAUGUUUGAGUCCUUUAAUGUACCAGGGCUCUACAUCGCUGUGCAGGCUGUACUCGCUCUAGCAGCCUCCUGGACGUCCAGACAGGUGGGAGAGAGGACGCUGACAGGAACAGUCAUCGACAGCGGAGACGGUGUUACCCACGUCAUCCCUGUAGCUGAAGGUUAUGUAAUUGGCAGCUGUAUAAAGCACAUCCCCAUCGCAGGACGAGACAUCACCUACUUCACCCAGCAGCUCCUGAGGGACAGGGAGGUGGGAAUCCCACCGGAGCAGUCGCUGGAGACAGCAAAGGCAGUAAAGGAACGGUUCAGCUACGUGUGCCCAGAUCUAGUCAAAGAGUUCAACAAGUACGACACUGACGGCUCUAAGUGGAUCAAACAGUACACCGGCAUCAAUGCCAUCAGUAAGAAGGAGUUUACCAUCGACGUGGGCUAUGAGCGCUUCCUGGGGCCUGAGAUCUUCUUCCACCCAGAGUUUGCCAAUCCAGACUUCACCCAGCCGAUCUCUGAAGUUGUGGACGAGGUGAUCCAGAACUGCCCCAUUGAUGUCAGACGUCCUCUCUACAAGAACAUUGUUCUGUCAGGAGGCUCCACCAUGUUCAGGGACUUUGGGCGGCGUCUGCAGAGAGACUUAAAGAGGACGGUUGAUGCCCGGCUGAAGAUGAGUGAGGAGCUGAGUGGAGGCAAACUCAAGCCCAAACCAAUCGAUGUCCAAGUCAUCACUCAUCACAUGCAGAGAUAUGCAGUCUGGUUUGGUGGAUCAAUGUUAGCGUCAACUCCCGAAUUCUACCAGGUUUGCCACACCAAAAAGGACUACGAGGAGAUCGGACCGAGCAUCUGUCGCCACAACCCCGUGUUUGGAGUCAUGUCUUAACUUGGGAGUCUGGCAGCAGCGGGCGGGGUGGGGGCUGCGGUAUGGAGGGAGCAGGGAGGUGAUGUUAGACUGUGUUAAUGACAGACAGGCUCAGGAGGUGGAGGACGGUGGUGCUUUGUGCUUUUUUUUUGGUUACUUGUUCAGCUAUGUGAGACGAGAGACGAUCCAGAUUUUAAAAGAAAAACAAAAGAAGCCAGGUGAAGUCGAAACGGCUGGAAAAAUAUCAUGAAUGUUCCUUUAUUUUCUUUAUUUCUGUUUAUUUUUCUGUGAGGGGAAACGGUUUGCAAGCCAAACGAUUUUAGGAACAUUUGUGGAUCUGUCGAGCAAUGUUAUGAUUAAAAUGAUGAUGAUUAUAAAGAAGGUGUUGGUGGACGGUCAUAAAAGAACAGAGAAAUUUCCUGGCUCCAGAACAUAUUUAUGUUUAUAAAUGUCCAAGCAGGAGAUCAUGAAUGAGUAAAGAACAUAUUAUUAUUUCCUUUUAUUUCAGCAUAAUUUUUCCCAGCUUCAAAUGAACACAUCUGUAUCAUUAAGAGCUUGUUUAUAUUUCAUACUAAAGUUUUUAUAUGUAAAACCUGGGAAAUAAGGGGUGAAAUAAAAAAUAUCAGCACCAGAAAGAGACUGUUUUAACCCAGGAUGCAGCUUUGAUACUCAGUAGUUUCUCUAGUGUUUUUUUUCCCUACGUUUCAUAGCUUCCUGCCCUUCUUCAAACAUUCAAUUCAUAUCUACUUUGACUCCAGAUGAUGUCAGGAUUCCACCUCAGUAAUGCAGAGAAAGAAAAAGAGAGAGAGUGGAUUUAUGGGGGUUAUAAAGAUGAAAUAAGAGAGACUGUCAGACCAGUAUUGUUAGACGUUUUUUAUUAUUAUGAAAUACCAAAUUAUUAAAAGAAUGGGAUUUGUGUAUUUAAUGCCUUGUAACAUUCCAAUAAAGGCUGAAAUUUGUUUCUAAA